AUGUCUUCAAGUAUAAUUGAAUCAACUCCAACAACAUCAGAAAUAAAAGUAUCAAUAGUAACAGAUACUGAUAAUAAAUCUCCUUAUGAAUUUGUCUCACCAAACAUGACUAUUUGUUAUUUUCAGAAACAUGUGAUAAAUGAUAAAAUUCAUAAUUUAAAAAAUUUACCACAAAAUUCUAUAUGUGAUCAAAAUUCUAAUAAAUCAGAAAUAUUCAAAAAAUAUAAAUCUGAAUUUUAUAAUGGACAUACAACAUAUAAAACAUAUAAUAAAAAUCAUUGUUUUGAUCUUCAUAAUAAACAUAAUAAUUAUUUUCGUAAAAAUAAUAGACAUUAUAGAAAAUGUACUGAAGAAGAAAUUAGUUAUAUUGUAGAAGAUUACUUCAAACCAAUUUCUAAACGAAAAGAAUUUAAUUUUUCAUUUCUUUUGGAAGAUGAAAUUUAUUUUAAGAAUAUAGAUUGGCGUAGUGAUAUUUUAAAUGUACGUAUGGAUCCACUUAGUGAAAGAAUCUUUUUUUUUCAUCAAUCAGUAAUGCAAAGUCAAAGUCAUCUAAAUAUGAAACUGUAUUUACGUGAUAUGAUUUAUUAUUCAUUACUUCCAUUAUUUUCAUCUGCUAGCUUAUAUAUAAUUGGAUCAUCAUUGAAUGGUUUUGGAACAAAUACCUCAGAUAUGGAUCUUUGUUUAAUGCUUACAGGUGAAAAUUUAGAUCAAAGAAGAGAUACUAUUUCUAUAUUAAACGCUGUUAAAAUAAAACUAUCUGAAAAUGAAUGGAUUAAAAAUUUACUCUUAAUUGCUGCUAAAGUUCCAAUUCUUAGAAUUACUUUUAAUGCACCCUUUUCAAAUAUUACUGUUGAUUUGAAUGCAAAUAAUUCUACUACAAUUAAAAAUACACACUUAAUUUGUGCUUAUUCAAGCUUUGAUUGGAGAGUACGCCCUCUAGUAACAACUGUUAAAGAAUGGGCAAAAAAAAAAGGAAUAAACGAUUCAAGUAAUUCAACCUUUACAUCAUAUUCUCUUGUCUUAAUGUGUAUUCAUUAUCUUCAAUGUGGAUUAGAAACUCCUAUACUACCAUCAAUUCAAGAAGCAUUUAAAAAUCGUUUUAAUGAAGAAUAUAAUGCCUCAAAUAUUAACAAAGAUAAAUAUUUUGAAGAACUUAAAAUGGAAUUUUGGGUUUAUGAAUCAAAAGCUACACUUAGUGAAUUAUUACUUGGAUUUUUGAAAUACUAUGGAGAAGAAUUUGAUUUUGCAACAAAUGUUAUUAGUAUUAGACAAGGCAAAAAAAUAACUAGAGAAGAAAUUGGAGAAGUUGACUAUUCAUCUUUUGGAUGGGGAUAUGUAUGUAUUGAAGAACCAUUUACAUUAAAAAAUACUGCUUAUUCUGUAUAUGAUCCAGUAGUAUUUGAAGCUAUUAAAAAAUGUUUCAAAGAAAGUUAUCAACUUUUAAAAAAAACUAAUGAUUUUGAUUCUUUACUUAGUGAAAAAUCAAUAAAAGAAUAUCUUGGAGAUUAUGCAUUAAUACCUCAAGGUGGAGUAGUAUAUAAAACUCCUGAUUCAAAAAAAUUAUUUUCUACAAAAACUUAA